GAUUGGACCAAGCUUAAGUAGGUAGUCUUGUAGCUUAGCUCCAUCAGAAGAAUUAAAUAUAAUCGCUUGAUCCUUGUUUGAAUACUUGACUGUGUUUUGAGUAAGUACGUUUGAGUAGGACUGAGCUGUUGUGUUGCUUUCAGAUGAGUUUUGGUUAUUAACAGAUGACAUUAUGGUAUAGUGAAAUAAACUCCAGGCAGAUGCCGUAUCAUUUCUCGAUACGGUCAUGCUUAUCCGAAAAUAUUUGUUUUGUUUGGGAUUACCUGUGCUAGCGCACGCCGGAGAUAUGCUAUUAGAAGUGUAUGGAGUCGAGCAUCACCACCGCACCGGUCGCUAUCAACUGUUUGUGAGGGAUCCGCCACUUCUGCCAGCCAAGGGGAGAUAAUCCAACAUCCACGAACGAGAAGAGGAGACCAUCGAAGAAGUCCACUGGCACCCGCCUGGUCAGAAGAAAUAACGCCGCUUGGGCCAGAAGCCAAUAGCAGAACCAGAUGAACCAGGAGAAGGCCGAUAGUUUGGGAGCUUUCCACUAUUGAAAUGUCCAAGGUCAACAUCAGGCUUGGGAAAGCCAACCCAUCGAGGACGCCACCUCACAGCUGAAUGUUAGAAGUUCAGGACGGACCAAGAAUGAAGAUUAUCCUUAUUUUUACUCUGUAAGCUCCUAUCUUUGUUCAUUCUUUCUGUUGGUGUGCACAAUUCAAUUUAAUAUUAUAUUCGUUAUUGAUUUAUAGAUUUUGACUGAUAUAUUAGUACUAUUGCUG